GAGUGGGAUGUGGGCUUGGAUGUGGGCUGUCCCAGUCACGCAGUCGGGAUACGGGCUUUGUGUGCGCAGGUUCAGGCUCAAACCCUACGGCCUCUCCGCCGCUGCGCUCCUGUCGGACUGGUUUGGCUUUAGCGACACUUCAGUCUGACAGACAGGCAUAGUCUUGUACAGGCUGGAGUCACUUGUCACUUGAGUUCGCGAAACCUUUGGAUAAACGUCGUCGCACUGAUUCGCUUUAGUUUUUCGCAGGACCUGUAGACGAGGUGUGGUUGGAUCCAGUCGGGAUUAAAGCUUCCACUUGUUAUUCGUCACACAGAGGGGCUAACAGGGCUAGCUGACAAUAACGCAACGCUUGGCUGCUAGCCUCCAACAGCAAAUUGUGACAGUUUCUCCCAUUGGUACGACACAAAGAUCUCCAGCAUGCUGCAGUGAGGUAUGCUCAGAGUGUUUGUCUUCAUGAUGGCGUUGUUGGGGGUGCAGGGGUGCGAGCGCACGGGGAGCUGUCCGACACUGGCCCCAAACACCACAUCCAAAGAAUACUGUUACUCUGCCCGCAUCCGCAGCACUGUGCUCCAGGGGCUGCCCUUUGGAGGAGUGCCCACUGUCCUUGCAUUGGACUUCAUGUGCUUUUUGGGGCUGCUGGUUGUGUUUUCAUUCUUGAGGAAAGUUGCAUGGGAUUAUGGUCGACUCGCUCUGGUUACAGACGCCGACAGACGAAUGGACCAGCGAUACAGUCGCCUGGAUGAUCGGGAAUACGUGGCCUCUACCGUCACUCCUGAAGCAAAUGAAAGAUAUGAAAGGCUAACCUCAGUCUCUAGCUCAGUGGAUAUUGACCAGAGAGACACAGGUUUCUGCUCAUGGCUCACGGCUAUUUUCAGAAUCAAGGAUGAUGAGAUCAGGGACAAGUGUGGGGAGGACGCCGUGCACUACCUGUCCUUCCAGCGGCACAUCAUCGGGCUGCUGGUCGUGGUUGGAGUGUUGUCGGUGGGAAUCAUUCUGCCAGUCAACUUCUCUGGAAACUUACUUGAAAAUAAUGCCUACAGUUUUGGGCGAACCACUAUUGCAAAUUUGGAUGCAGAUGAUGCACUACUUUGGCUACACACUAUCUUUGCCUUCCUCUACCUGUUACUGACUGUUUACAGCAUGAGGCGGCACACCUCCAAGAUGCACUACAAAGAAGAUGAUUUGGUAAAACGCACUUUAUUUGUGAAUGGAAUAUCAAAAUAUGCAGAAGAGUGGGACAUAAAGCAGCAUUUUGAACAAGCUUAUGAAAACUGUGUCGUACUAGAAGCACGCAUCUGUUACAACGUGGCCCGGCUCAUGUACUUGUGCACUGAAAGGAAAAAAGCAGAGCGCAAUAAGAAGUUCUUUAUUGACCUGCACAGUAAGGAGCAUGUCCAUACCAUGAUCAACCCCAAGCCCUGUGGACACCUCUGCUGUUGCAUCAUCAAGGGCUGUGAACAGGAAGAAGCAGUGAGCUACUACACAAAACUGGAGGCGAACUUGAAAGAGGAUUACAGAAAGGAGCGAGAGAAAGUGAACAGUAAACCACUGGGCAUGGCUUUUGUCACCUUUCAAAAUGAGUCCAUAACUGCUCUAAUCUUAAAGGAUUUCAAUGCCUGCAAGUGUCAUGGCUGUUAUUGUCGCAGAGAGCCAAAGAGUUCAAACUUGAGCACCAAGCUUCACACUCACAAUUGGACAGUCACUUAUGCUCCACACCCUCAAAAUGUCUACUGGGAGCAUCUGUCUGCAGGAGGGUUUUACUGGUGGGGCCGCUGCUUCGUCAUCAACUGCGUCCUUUUCCUGCUCCUCUUCUUCCUCACCACUCCGGCCAUUAUAAUUUCCACCAUGGACAAGUUUAAUGUCACCAAACCAGUGGAGUACCUAAAUAAUCCAAUUAUCACCCAGUUCUUCCCCACCCUCCUUCUGUGGUCCUUCUCUGCGUUGCUUCCUACUAUUGUUUACUACUCAGCCUUUUUCGAGGCUCACUGGACACGAUCUGGGGAGAACAGGACCACAAUGCACAAGUGCUACACAUUCCUCAUCUUCAUGGUCUUGUUACUGCCCUCUCUUGGACUCAGCAGCUUGGACGUUUUCUUCCGCUGGCUCUUUGAUAAACGUUUUCUGGCAGAUGCUAAAGUCAGAUUUGAAUGUGUGUUCCUUCCUGAUAAUGGAGCCUUCUUUGUGAACUAUGUGAUUGCCUCUGCAUUCAUCGGUAACGCCAUGGACCUGCUGAGAAUCCCCGGUCUCCUGAUGUACAUGAUCCGUUUGUGUUUGGCUCGAUCAGCGGCAGAGCGCAGGAAUGUCAAGAGGCAUCAAGCGUAUGAGUUCCAGUUUGGCGCGGCCUAUGCUUGGAUGAUGUGUGUCUUUACUGUAGUGAUGACCUAUAGCAUCACCUGCCCCAUCAUUGUUCCCUUUGGGCUUAUGUACAUGCUGCUAAAACACCUAGCGGACAGAUACAAUAUGUACUAUGCCUAUCUGCCUUCAAAACUGGACAAGAAGAUCCACUCUGGGGCUGUUAACCAAGUUGUGGCUGCUCCCAUCCUCUGUCUCUUCUGGCUCCUUUUCUUCUCCACUGUUCGAUCAGGUUUUCCAGCAGGGACUUCCAUGUUCACGUUUGUAGUUUUGAUCAUCACAAUCAUCAUCUGCCUCUCCCACGUUUGUUUUGGACACUUUAAAUAUCUCAGCGCUCACAACUACAAGAUUGACUCCCAGGACGUGGACGGGAUGGAGAAUGGUCGCUCUAUGGACCAUGCAGAAACUGCCAAGGCAGCACAGCAGAUGUACAUCGCACAGGUGCUUCAGGACCCAAAUUCAGAGGAGGGUGGUUCAGGGAGUGCUGACGAUGGCCAGGGCUCCUCGCAGGACGAGGAGAUGAUCAACCAAAAUGGCCUGAAUGAGGACUUCCAAUCAGGGGAGGACAGCCUGAUUGACAAUGAAGUUCGGCACUGACACAGCUGGGGACAGAAGCUUAACCUGAGGAAUGCACUGAUUUUAUUAAUUUGAACCCAUGGGUCUCCAAAGCAUCUCAACGUCCAAUGAGGGACACUAACAGAAGCACAUACUAAGGACUUAACGGACAAGUUCUCCAUUGGGUUUCAUUGUACCCUCAUCGUGUUUGUUCACAGGGAGUUUCACCCCAUACCAUGAGAAGGCAACAUUUUUCUGAUAUGAAAGACACUAAUGCACAAAUGAAGAAAUGUUUGCCAUGACUGUUCGAGGAAGCGAUCUAUUUCUUUAGUACUUGAACGUUGACUGGUCCCAUGAGCUCGGGUUUCAUUGAGGUACUGUAGUCCACCAUGCCUUCAGGUCCAAAACAGGACUCCAGUCUCCUCUACUGUCUGCUUAGAUGCUAUUGUAACUUCAUCAAGAGGAGUUUUUCACACUAGAUGAGCGCUUAGUCAGGGCAAAUACUCCGAAAACGGUUCUUCCAGUUUCAGAAAGGCCUUGUUAAAACAUGAACGUUCGCUACUAACACUCCUAGACCGUGUACAGCUAAAGAACUGUAAGAUAACUCUUGAGGACUUAUUUAUUUGUAGGCAUGUGUAAAUGCUACCUGUCUAGGUGUAACUCUUAAUUGUGGAAGAGUAAUACUUCAAACCGUGGCACACUACAUUAAUUUGGGACUGCUGUAGGACUGCUUCUCCUCCUGUAGGGGGCACUCCUCACAAGGACACCAUGGAGAACUCUCUUGUGGUUGUUUUCAAACUGGAGUAAGUCUGUUUUUUACCCUUUUUUAUUUGUUUGUGUGUUUACAUCUUCAAGUAAAAAUCGCACACUUGACUAAAAGGGGGUCACUCAUAGUUUAAGGACUGAGUAUGUGUUGCCUAUCACACAGCCCUCUGACUUAUGUUUUUAUAGGCACUUAAUCAGCAAAAAGCAAAAAACUAAACAUUCAUCAUUGCCUAUAUUUAGCCAGUGCUCUCUGUCCUGAGCUAAGAUUAUCUAGCAAAGAUAUGCACUUUUUAAACAUACUGAAUUUUAGACAAAGUUGCACAACAAAGUGGUUACAUCAACUGAUUGGGUUUAGGGCAAUUAAAUGUUUUUAAUUAUAAUUAUAUUGUUUUUAUUGUGCUUUCCUUUGUCAAAUUAGGUUGAAGGUAUCCACACAAAAACUGUUAUAAAAUCUAUCUGUGCAACUAAGUUAAAGAUUCUGUCAACAUACAACCCGUUAUAAUCAAAUAUUGAAACAAAUUAUGAAAUUAGCCCGUAGGAUUAUUUUCAACUAACUCAGGAUGCCUGUACCUCCUCUAAGUUAACACUGAGUAUUCCCAAUAGUAGAAUGGCUUUUCUAAGGCAAAGUACCACUACUAUUUUUCAUUGUGGACCAGUUGAUGUUGACCGUAAAUGAUAAAUGACUUAAUAUCAUACUGCUGCUUUGAACUAUUCUGGGAAACGUGCACUAAUCCUACUUCUACUCAAAUGAUUGACACAUUUUGAUGAGCAACGACUUUGUGAAUUGGUGAACUGUCCAUAAUUUGUCCAUGUACUCCAUCUUGGGUGUUAUGGUCCUUCAUUUUCACCAUUGAGUCAGCUCUUCCUGUCCUGAUGAGUUGAUUUUAAUUUCUUUUUUAUACCUCUUGGUUGUUUUAUACCUCCUGAAAUAUUUGAAUGUGUCAUCAUGUCACAAUAACAUAGCUCCAGGGAACUGUUUAAUCUCAGAAAAUGGAUACAACAUCUGAAUGUAGAUUAACUCUUUGGUUACAUUGAAGUGUUAAAUCUGUGGCUAUUGAAAAACCUUUGUUUGUUACAAUUUCUCAUUUUGUCUGUUUGAUCUGUCCAUAAUAACCUUUGGAAACUUCAAUUAUGUAUUUUUCUUUUACUUCAAAUUUCUGAAGUUCUCAGUUUUUACAGUGUAUUCGCAAUGCUUAGUAAAAAUGCCUUUCUUUGCGUCUUAAGCUGUGCACUGUUAGAAUGUAUUGUAUGUGUGUUUUAUGUCUAAUUUAGUUUUACAUUACAUUCUGAUAGGAAGAGUAACACUAGUCUGCAUUCUAAAGGGCCAUCUGUUUGACAGAUCUGUUCUUUCCCCAAGCUCUUUACACAAUAAAUAUGUAUUUAAUCUUUAA